CGCUGCCUUUGCAGAGGGCUGUUGAGGGUGUGGUUUUUUCCUUGUUGUGUGUGACGACGCUCCUGUGCUUGCUUAUCACCUCUGCUUUUGCAUCACCAGUUCCAAGCGUAUCAGGCAGUGUGUCCUGGCACGAAGCGCGAGGGAGACGGGAGGUCGGACACAGGAGAGAGAAAUGCAGGCUGUUGGCGGUGUUGGCGGUGUUGGCGGCGUUACGGCCGCUGUUGCGGCGGCGGUGCUUGUGCUUGGCUUGGUUGGCCUGGUCACAGCCGCUGGCAAGCCGCUCUCACCCACCAUCAGCGACUACGAUGAGGUUCAUCUGGACGUGAAUGACAUGCAGCACCGCCAUCGUCGCGCACGACAGCACACCCAACAGGGUCCCAUGCAGGUGGAAUUCUCUGCCUUUGGAAAGGACUAUGUUCUGGACAUGCGCAUGUCCCACGACAUGUUUGGGGACGGCUUCACCAUCGAGCGCCACACAGAUGAAGGGGUCAAGUUGGCUCGUAUGGACAUGCACAUUUUCUUCCGAGGAGAGGUGGCUGGUGAGGAAGGCAGUGAUGUGCGGGCAACGGUGACGGACGGCGUAUUCAAGGGCACCAUCCGAACAGGUGGCGACAUCUUGUAUCUGGAGCCGGCACACCGCUUCUCCCGUGACAUUGCCACGAGCCACGUCGCAUAUUGGGCCUCCAGUGUCAACCUCACCAGCCCACACGACCACGACCAUAGCAAGGUGUGUGGCGUUGACUCGCAUUCGCACGACAGCGAAAUUGAGGCCAUCCUUGAUCGCAUGCGCCGGGCAGACCACAAAUACAUGAAGCAAUACCAGCGCCGGCAGCGCCGCGGGUUUCAGGGCGACCCCACCAAGACCACGUGCCAGAUGGCGCUCGUGUCUGAUCACCGCUUCUUCGCAACAACUGGCGAAUCCGACGCAGGCACCACCGCGCAACGCAUCAACACAGGUAGCGGUGCGGGCGGCUUCUGCUUCACGGAGACGCAGGCGUCGUUCUGCGGCAACGGCGCUCUCGAAAUCAACGAGGAGUGCGACUGCGGGGCUGCGUGUGCGGAGGACCCGUGCUGCAACGAAAACUGCGAACUCAUCAACGGCGCACAAUGCAGCGAGAACUCUGGCCCCUGCUGCAGCAACUGCCAGCUCGUUGGUAUUGACAUGGGUGUCACUCCAAAUCCAGGGGACAUUACUUCGGAUAUUGUGUGUGCGGAGGAGCAAGACUGCUACACCCAACGCUACUGCAUCAAGGACCCGACACUGCUUGGACAGUGUCCGGAGGUGCAUUACCCGUACCACAACGACACAGAUCCACCCAACUGCCGCGGGGACGCGAGUGUGUCGCAGUGCGAAGUGAUCCUUGACGCCAACAACGACUACACCUUCCACAAACCCCUCGGCACAACCUGCAACGAGGGAUCAAACAUCUGCGUCCUCGAAGGCUGCGCUGGGUCUCUCUGCUCGCAGUACCAAUCGACAGAUGUGGCUGGACAGAUGCCCUCUCCAGGAUUUAACACUUCCGCUUAUACACCGAUUCAGUGCGCGCUGACGGGUGCCAAAGCGUGCCAUGUGGCGUGUGAGUUCCAGCAGGGCGUGUGCAACAGCACCAUCGACUAUGCGACAACUCCACAUGGCAUGAACAUCACCAAGAACGGCGUGCCAAACUCAGAAGUGGAGCCCGCCCUUCGCGCCAGUGGUCGCUCGUGCAACAACUUCCAAGGGGUGUGUACGCCGGAUGGGACGUGUUUUGAAUCGUCGGCUGCCACGCCCCUCGAUAUCUUCCUCAGUGGCUCCACACUUGAUUGGAUCAUCUCCCACUGGUACAUCACAUGGGCGGUGCUUGUUGGCAUCACGCUUGGCGCCUUCAUCAUGAGGGCCUACUCGCGCAAGCAGGGCGGGCGGAUUGUAAUCAAAGAGAAGGACACAGACGAGCGAAAAUCGCUCUGGCAGACGCUCGCCCGCCGCUCAAAACGUGGUGGUCACGUCAAGCGAGACAGGCAGAAGAACAAGGUUGUGGUUGAGUUGCAGCGUCAGACAGACACGGCGCCAAACGAGGCCCUGUAUCGCUUGAAAACGCUCUUCCCGGCAGCACCAGAUCAUGUCAUGCAGACGGUGAUCAAGUGCUCGCCGCACGAGGAGGCGGCCGUGUUUCGUCUGCUGCAUCUCGGUUACGCCAUGCGCAAACUCGACGACUACAAGUUCCUCGCCUUUGCCGGCAAGAAGUUCCGACAGGACAUGCGACGACACCGACUGCAGCAAAUUCAAGCACAGGAAUCAACACCUCACCAACAAGUGCAAAAGCCACGGCGUGUUGUUGGCUUUGCACCAAACAACAACCAGCAAGGGCGCGCGUUGCAAGCGCGGCAGGGCCAGCGUGUUGUUGGCGUGAACACGCCCAAGCAGCAGCAACAACGUCAACCGCAGCAACAACAACAACAGCGGAGAGCGAGAGGCAAGCGAUAAGAGCAAGACUGCUGCUUCAUCAACCGUUUGCCACCUUGUCGUUCGAUGACCUGUGUGUGUGUGUGUGUGUGUGU